GCGGCCCAAUAAACCGCACCGAAAGGCUUCAUUGCUCAAACCAACGAGUCCACGCAGGCUUCGAAGCCUCGGUGUCUGCUGUCACAAAGAAUUCGUGUGCGAGCCUUUGUAAAUAAUUCCGUUUGUUUCACACCCAGAGAUGGACGCAGACAGGAUGUACACGUUCUCAAGUCGUCCCAGAGCUGUGGAGAAUCGCUCCAAAUACAGAGAGCCUCCAGCCGACCAGAGGGAUGUAAAGUGUCACUAUGGAAACAUUAUGUAUGAUCCCCGUGUUGUCAGAGGAAACACAUACGCCAAAAAAGUCAUACCGAUUAAGACUCAGCCAGACCUGGUUGAGAUACAAAGACAGGAGGCGAUGAGGAGGAAAGCGAUGGCUCGUAAACGGGAAAGGGAGCAGUACAGACUUAGGACUCCUGAGCCCGUCCAGGGCAGAAUGCACAUCGACAUACAAACAGACCGCUAUCUUGAAGAACUGAGUGAUAUUGUGGUCACGGCUGAUAUUCAGUGUCAGACUGAUCCCUUCCUGGACAGGCCGGCGACCCCGCUGUUUAUACCUGCCAAAUCUGGCAAAGAUGUUUCCACACAAAUCGAGGAGGGAGAACUGUUUGACUUUGACAGCGAGGUUCAGCCAAUUUUGGAGGUUUUGGUGGGUAAGACCAUCGAGCAGUCUCUCCUGGAGGUGAUGGAAGAAGAGGAGCUGGCCUGUCUGAGGGCCCAGCAGAGGGCCUUCGAGGUGCUUCGAAAUGCCGAGCUGGCAGAGCUGCAGCGGCUGGAGGAGCGUGAGAGGCGACAUACUGAGGAGAAAGAGCGUAGGCUUGCCCAGCAGAGGGAGGCACUGCAGAAGGAGAGAGAGACCGCAGAGAAGAUCGCCGCACGAGCGUACAGUCAGCAGUUCUUAGCCAACCUUGUGCCAACAGUCUUCACCUCACUGAAGAAUCACGGCUACAUUUACGACCCCGUGGAGAGAGAUGUUGAGACUAAUUUCUUGCCUUGGCUGAUGGAUGGCGUUCACAAUAUUUUGGAGAGAAGAAAUGUGGCAAGAGAGCUGCUGGACAAUAUCAUCCACGAUGUUAUCCAGAAAAGACCAGAGUUCUCCAAAAACCCGGAUCCGCAUCCGCCUGAAUCUUAAAGACAGUUUACUUAACACCAGGUCACUGAGAUCUGUCAAAAGGCAGAGAAAACACUUUUGCACUGUUCCAGAGUUCCUCUGUUUUUUGAUAUUUGUCACACUUUUCUGUCAUAUAGUAUAAUAGAACAACAGCACAAUAAAAAAAAGUCCAUGAUAAACAAAAACAUCACAUGACCAGUAAAGGGGAAGAUAAAUGCUAAAAGUUAUUUUUACUAGCUGCUGA